UAUACCCUUUUCUUCGCUACUUCCGGCAAUGAAGAUAUCUAGUUCACUCUGCCAGAGGUGCGCAGUCCUCCAGUUCAAUGACGACGAACACGGCCGCGUGGCACAAGGCCCAUGGGGCAAGCCCGUGGUUAUCUUUGAUAAAUGUGCUUGGGAUCCUUCAAAGGAAUGCAUUCUCCUGGAUUAUAAUCUUUUUGACAAUUUGCCCAAUCUUCCUGUCAUGUCGGCCUCUACUGCAUCGGGAUGUGGCAUGUGCCUUGCCAUGCGUGAGAAGAUAGUCCAAUUCGAACGCAGAGCAGAUCCCAAGCACAAGAGCGUGUUGAUCUACAAGUUUUCCAUUUGUUACAAGUCUUAUCCCCAAAGACCGUCCCAUGAGGGCUUUUCUACAAUGUCACAUCUUGCCGUUCAUUUCAAAUUCAAAGGGGAUCGGGAUGACGACAAAUCCGUAUAUACAGUCAGCUUUGAUUUGCAGGCUGACAUAGGUGCGCCUGUAUUUCAUCCUCUCUCUGAUAAAGGCCGGGCCCAGUUACGCAAGCUGGCAAAGAAGUCAUACAGAUUAUCCAGAGACCCACAUCUUCCUACCCGCGUGAUAGAUGUUGGCUGUUGGCUGACUCGUUCAAAGAUGCGCCUAGUGGUCAACCAAGGGUCCCACAAAUGGGCAAACCGAGGCAAAUACCUUGCUCUCAGCUAUUGCUGGGGCAGUGAGGAAUAUGCAGCAAUGCAGCUCAAGACAACUAAAGCGUCAUUACGUGAACAUAUGAAAGAAAUUAAAAUGGAAUCGUUGCCUAAAACAGUCUCUGACGCGGUCCUCGUUUGCCGGGCAUUACGCGUGCGCUAUCUCUGGGUGGAUGCAUUAUGCAUUGUACAGGACAGUCAGGAUGACUGGGAGAGAGAAUCAGCUAAGAUGGCAGAAAUAUACGAGAACUCGUAUUUUACCCUGUUCCCUUUUCAGUCAACUUUAAACCCAUCGAUAUCCGGGUUUUACUACAUACACCACGUCACUGGGUACUACGAUGAAGAGUAUGACAAGUCUCCGCCUGAAGGCCCUUCUCAAUACCCAUAUCCGUCAAAAUUUCUCGGUCUUGGAUAUCUUAAAAAAUCCGCCUUCGACUGCGAUCUGAAAGAAAGUCAAUGGAACACUCGUGGCUGGACGCUUCAAGAAGCGUUGUGUAGCCCUCGUCUACUCCUUUUCGGCACACGAAUGGUGCAUAUGCUUGACGUGCAAUUUCGGCGCUCACAGGAUAUGUCAUUCGAUGAUAUGUGUCAGCCCUGGGGCCAAAAUUUCCACAUAGAUAGAGAACACCGCGAAAGUUCCUUAUCUCCGGAUGGAUGGCGCUCAAUAUCCGCAUUGGCUAGGAAAUUUUCAUCACAGACGGAGGGCAAAUAUUUGGCCGGCAUUUGGAGUGACGAGCUUGAGACUGACCUUCUCUGGGUCCCGAAAGGAUUGACAACAUUAGCGUCCUUCCUGACACCUCCAAAGGAGUAUUUGGCCCCCACGUGGAGCUGGGCAUCCCAGUCCAAUCCGGUCAGUUGGCCUGAACUUUGCACCCUCAAACCUGAAUAUCAAAUCGCAUCUAUGGGAACAACGACGGGCCGGGAUCGAUAUGGGAAAGUGCACAGUGGCUUCAUCUCACUGCGGACCAAACUUGUUCGGUUACCUUCAUCUACAAAGAUGCAUCGCCGCCGAAAAGCGAGCCUUGGCGUUGACUUUCCUUAUGAACUUACAUCAGACGAUGGAGAGUACCUUGCCCAUCUUCGCUUCGACUGGACAGAUCAUGCAACUAAUGACGAUAUUCUCCUUGAAGCAGGACAGGAAAUUGCCCAGUUGUCCCUGGUUCUAAUCUCUAGCUAUUUUUGCGCACACUAUGAACCGAGAUAUUAUCAUCUUGUUGGUUCAUGGCGCAUGUUGGGCUUACUUGUGCUACCGACAGAGACAUCUGGCAACUAUCGAAGAGCAGGAAUUUUCCUCUGGGGAACUUGCGCGUCGGGAGGCUUAGAGCUCUGGGAUGAUAUUGAAACGACUACUAUUACGUUGGUAUAG